AUUUGUUAUCCUUUUUCCUUAACUCGGCAAUACCCCCACCAUUAAUGCGCAGUCCAGUAGUACAGGUGUAAGCCGGAAAUUAUUAAUGGAUAUUUUCAUUCGUCUUUAUUCUACAUUUUAUGUCGCAUGUUGCCAGUCAUUAUAAUAGUCAUCGAUAAUGUAAUGUAGAAAGAACCUGAUUCUGUAAACAAUGUCAAAAUUCAACGGAUUACUCUUUCUUUACUCUUUAUGGGCUGUUAUCACUUCAGCUUUAACUGUGACUUCUUUUUGCGAAGUAUCUGAAGUAUCUGAACAUAAGUUAAGUUUUGUAUAUAACUUAACAAAAUUGUCAUCAAAUAAAGAGGAUAUUAUUAUCAAACACGAUUAUCCAAAUGAAACGAUACGUAUGCAAUUAUGUUCUCCAUUGAUAAAAAAAUGCAAUAAUCAAGAUGGAUAUGCAAUAUGUCUAAUAAAGAAUAACACAGAAAAGGGAAUAGGAAAAUAUCCUCCGGAAGUUGGUAAUAAAGAUGGAAAAAUGUUAUUUAAUUUUACUGGUGACAACUGUGCACUCAAUACCAAUUAUACAGUGCAAAUUAUUAUGCUAUGUGAUUAUAGUGCAGAAAGUAAUUCAUAUCCUGAGUUAUUUCCACAUGCAGAUAAACAAUGUAACUUAUUUAUGCGAUGGAAGACAGUGUUAGCUUGUGGACCAAGAUCACAAACAAAUUGUACAGUUGUUAAUAAUGAUUCUCAUUACGACUUAAGUCCUUUAACAACGUUUUCAGACAAUUAUGUCAUUCCUAUAAGGGACGAGAUCCAAAGGACGAAGUCCAAAAUAGUAUUAAAUGUCUGUCAUUCUAUAAUACGUCAAUAUGGUGCUAUGUGUCCAAUUAAGUCAGGUGCUUGUUUGGAUGAUCCUGAAAAACAGAAUAGAUAUUUGAAUUUAGGAGAAGUAACAGAAUCUCCUUCCUUCAAGAAUGGAGAUUUACAAAUAGAAUAUCAAAAUGGUAUGCUAUGUUACGAAAAUAUUAAGGCUCCGCAUGUUAAAACAACCAUCAGAUUUAUAUGUCUUUUGGAAGCCACGGAGACUAUUCCAGAAUAUGUUGGAGGAAAAAAUGAGUGUCAUUAUCAAUUAGUAUGGUAUACUGCUGCAGCAUGCAGUAUUGAGUCUCUACGUAACUACAGUGUCAAAACAGCAGGCAUAUGCUCUGUUACAAAUCCAAUCACGAAUUUUACAUAUAAUUUGCAGCCAUUGAUGAAUAAAGAUUUUACUGUUGUAAAUGCAAGCAAUAUAAAAUUAAGAGUAUGUGAAGGGCUUACAGAUAGUACAUGCGUAGCGGGGACAGCAAUAUGUAAUUCAAAAUACAAUAUAUCAUUGGGUCAAGCUGAUAUAAAAUUGAUAUGGCAGCAGGAUGGUCUUUAUUUAAAAUAUUUCAAUGGUAGUUCAUGCGAAAAUGGAAUGUACCAUUAUACAAUUAUUAAAUUUGUCUGCAGACCAGAAGGAUCAUCCAAUCAGCCAAUUCUUAUGGAACAGAAUUCUUGUCAAACCAUUAUACACUGGAACACAGAUCUAGCUUGCGAGAAAAAAAUUAAAUGCACAACUAAUAAUGACAACGAGAUUAACUUAACUCCUCUUAUACGAUCUACAAGUAAUUACAUUGUAAAAGCUAACGGUACUGAGUUCCACAUAAACAUAUGCCGACCGCUAGUCCCCACUCAACAAAGUCCUACAUGUCCAUAUGGUAGUGCUGCUUGUAAAGUUUCGGUAACUUCGAAGAAUGAAUAUACUAAUGAAAUUAAUUUGGGAUUUCCUGAGAACAGCCCCACAUUAAAUAAAGAUCUACAAACAGUAUUACGUUAUAUUGGUGGAUCACAGUGUCCAGAAGAUCCAGUUACAUCAAUAUCUUCAAAUUUUACAUUUGUUUGUGAUAAUAAUAAUCAGGGACUUCCAGUAUAUAAGACUUAUGUUAAUUGUACGUAUGUGUUUGAAUGGCAUACCAGUAUAGCAUGUGGAGCUGUGAUAGGCGUCUGGACGCCACCUUGUAUUAUAAAGGAUAGUUUUCUUUCGUACGAAUAUGAUCUUUCUUUCUUACAUAAAAAAGAUCAGAUACACUAUGUAAAAGGUAAACAAGGCAAAGAGUACAGUAUAAAUAUUUGUGGUGGAGAAAAAUAUUGUAAUGGCUCUGCUGUAUGUCACGAAAGUAAUGGUUAUGGAUCGCUGAAAAGUGUGAUUUUCGAUUAUAGCCGAGAUGACGUGAAGCUUAAAUAUUCAAAUGGCAGUAAAUGUAAUAAUAAUUCCUACACAUCCGAAGUAAGAUUUUUAUGUAAUGAUUCUAUAGGCAUCGGUGCACCAAAACUGCUGCUGGAAUCGCAGUGUAGUGCGGAAUUUGAAUGGCACACCGAAGUAAUUUGCGCGAAACAUGCAAAUUCUCAGGAUCCGGAGCGAGAAAAAGUACCAUCCUCCGAAAUUCUCUUAGUUUCUUCUAGUCACGGUAAACAUGCUGGAGCGAUAGCUGGCAUAGUGUUAACUGUGAUUGCAGUACUAGCCGCUUUAAUUUAUUUUCGAAAUCCGGAGAAAAGAGCGUGCUUUCGCUCGUGGGUAAAUGUGUUUAGUUUUAGAAGAAACGAGGGUCGUGUCCAAUAUUGUAAAGUCAAUACGACUGAGGAGGCUAAGCUUUUGUUCGGCGCUUCCGAUCCUACGCAGUAUCAAACGGACAGCGACGACGAUCUUCUGCAUGCGUAGCGAAACAGUAUUAUAUUUUCGUUCUAAAAUUAGAGAUGUUAUGAAUUACCGAAUUAUAAUAAUUAUUAAUAAUUUUAUUUUCAAUAUUUACUGUAAAUCGUCGAAUAUAAAUCGUUUUGAAAAUCA